GGCCAGCACAUAUUUGUGGGAAGUGUGGGGUCUCCCCAUGGAUUCCAGUAGCAGCCGUGAUUCGCGCGUUUGGCACCCAGCAGAUGAAGGCUGCUCAGCUUGUCGUUUGGGGAUUGAGGAUCUGCGGGGCAAGCGCCCAGCCGUCUCGUGUUCCUCUGUGCGUAGAAAUGUAGUACACACGCGCUAAGUGCUCUUCAUCCCUUCGUGACUCGCACACCUCUCAGGGUCCGACCUAGUAAAUCUUCUUAUUCUUCUGCUUUAGUCAGCGCUCCCGCGUCGCACUCUCGCUCUACCACAGCGCGCUCCAUGCGUGGCGCGCCGAGCCCAGUGCGUGCUAGCAUAAGGCGCAGUAGUGGGGCGCACGGCUCGUGUGACUCCUGUACUAGUGCCAACCCUCGCCGCCAUCCCCGCCGACCUCCUCCUCCUCGCUGCCCUGCACCGCGCAGCCGUCCACUCAUACGCGCCGCCACCUCCAGGGGAACUAUGCCUAGCGCGCGCUGCUCGCGCGCCGCAUUAGCGCGGGCGAUACGAGCGUCGGUGGCCCCGCAGGUCGUGCUCGUCCUCCUCCUCGCCGCGCCCUUGCUCCCCCCGCCCGUCCUCGCGCGCGUGCUCAACCGCCAUCGACUGCACCCGCUCUCCGCCGCAGCCGGCGCUGCGCUGUACGGCGCGGACGACACGGUGCUCGGGGAUGUGGGGGGCGGCGGCGAGGGAGGCAAAGCGGCGGGACGGGAAGCGCGCGUGUACGUAGCGGAGGGGUCGGGCACGGAGGCCCCCCCGGCGUCGCUGGAUCCGCCCAGCGAGAUGUUCGACGUCUGCUCCUUCCCAGGCGCCAUCAACUUCACCAUGAGCGCCACGCUCAUCGGCACCACGUGGAGGGGCUGGGGCACGUCCCUCGCAUGGGAAGGCAACUACAUCGGCGGGUUGGCGCGGGCGCACAUGGGCGUGCUGCUGGACGCGGUGUUCCACCGCACCAAGGGGCUGGGGCUCAACAUCGUGCGCUACAACAUCGGCGGGGGCCUCAGCGCGCAGCACAGCCCGCAGUUCCAACGUGACCAGCAGACGCGCCUCAAGGCCAUGCCCGGGUACUGGCCCGCCGAGAAGGCCGCGUACGACUGGAGCGCGGACCAGCGCCAGCGGAACGUGUUGUUUGGUGCGCGGGCGCGUGGGGCAAACAUUUUUGAGGCGUUUGCCAACAGCCCGCCCUGGUGGAUGACAGUGUCGGGGGACGUGGCGGGGGCGGCGGGGAGGAACCGCACGAAUCUGCAGCGCAAGUACGAGGGCAAGUUCGCGGAGUACCUGGCGACCGUGGUGGAGCGCUUUGCCAAGGACCCGGCUUGGAACCUGACGUUCGACACGCUGGAGCCGUUCAACGAGCCGCUGGAGGGCUUCUGGAACGCGGGCAACACACAGGAAGGCUGCAACCUGGACGUGGCAGCCAUGGGGCGGGUGCUCACGCACACUGCCAAGGCGCUCAAGGCGAAGAAGCUGCGCACUCGCGUGGCGGCGUUCGACAGCUGGGUGGAGAGCACAGCGCGGGCGCUGAACUCGGUGCGCGGCAUGCGGUCUGCGGCGCGCAUCAACGUGCACUCGUACAUGGACCCCGCACCGCCCUCCAAGGACCCGGCGCUGUACACGGGGCAGGUGUACCUGAAGGUGCGCGACAUGGCCAAGCGCCUGGGCAAGGAGGUGUGGGUGAGCGAGUCGGGGCACCUGGGGCGCGGCGGGCACCCAUACGACCUGUCCCUGUACGUGGCGCGCACGGUGAUAGAGGCCGUCAACAUGCUGCACGCCUCUGCCUUCGUCUACUGGAUGGCCUACGACCCCGACAUCGGCUGGGCCAUCGUGCGCUUCCCCUGGACCUACCCGGCUGGCUACUCCGGCCCCAUCCCCGAGCCUGUGCUGUCAAAGCGGUAUUACAUGUUCAAGAUGCUCACGAGCCUCGUGAAGCAAGGCAGCCGGCCGCUCGUGAUGCCGCCCAAGUGCAGGCAUGGCAUGGCUGGCUUCUACAACGCUGCUGACCGCACAGUAAGCGUGUUUGUGGUGAACCAGAAGCCCAAGGACGCACAGCUGUCAGUGAGUCUAGCCGGCUUUCGGAUAAAUGUGAAUGGCAGGACUAAGGCUGUGGUGAGGCGCACUUCGUGGUCACAGGAUAUGGCUGAAGUGGUGCUCUCUCAAGGGAAGGCAGUUGCUACUGUAACAAUACAGGGCCGAAGCUUUGUUUCCCUUCACUUCACUAAUGUGCAGCGAAGCUUUCCGUAAGACCUGACAACCUUCGCCGUAAAUACCACACAAUACUGUCAACUUAUACAUGUUAAUUGUGUACAAGUUAUAGGCUAGACUGAGGUAUGCUUUUAGUGAGUA